AUGGAGCACAGAUAUAACGUGUUUAAUGAUACUCCACGAGGGAACCAUUGGAUGGGCAGUUCUGUGUCAGGAUCACCACGUCCAUCUUAUAGCAGUCGUCCUAAUGUAAACACAACACGACGCUUCCAAUAUAGUGACGAUGAGCCCGCUGAGAAAAUCCGACCUUUACGCUCGAGGAGCUUUAAAAGUACUGAAAGUAACAUAAGCGAUGAAAAAUCAAGGAUAUCUGAACGUGACAGCAAAGACCGCUACAUUAAUGGUGAUAAAAAGGUAGACAUUUAUUCACUGCCUCUAAUAUCAACCGAUGUUUUAGAAAUUUCCAAACAAAGGACAUUUGCGGUGAUAUUGUUUUUAAUAAUUCAAUGUUAUAAAAUAUAUGACCUGGUAAUACUUAAAUCGGGGUUACCGCUUUCGGGUUUACUGUUUAAGAACUAUCGAUUUAAUUUCAUAUCCAAGUAUUUCAUUAUAGAUUCCUUCUUCCUGUAUGUUUUACCAUCCUUUAACAUUCCUAGGUUGACUUUUAAGCCAUGGGUUGUUUAUCUCCAGAUUUUAGCUAUGCUACUAUUGAACAUUUUCAUAUCAAGCGAUCACGAGUUCGUUUUGAUUUCAUUAAUUAUGACCACAUGGAGAAAACUUUAUACGAAAGAAUUAAGUGUAACAGGUUCAGCCAUUAACCAUCAUCGUAUUUUUGAUUCUUCCGCUCAUUUUAAGGGUGCUCUAACAAUCAAGAUCCUACCUGAAAACACAGCUAUGUUUAAUCCUCUUCAUGAAUCAUAUUGUUUGCCCAUGGAUACCAAUCUUUUUAAAAUUAACUCAAUUGACGUACCCAUCAGAAUAAACUCAACUGAAGAGAUUGAAUAUAUCGAGUUGGAAUAUAGAGAUCUUUACACAAAUUCGGUAGAGUUACGGUCUUUGAGUAAGAAAGACUUCAAAAUCAUCGAUAACCCCAAAUCCUUUUUAAAAAAAGAUCAGUCAGUUCUAAAGUCACAUUCAAACGAUUUUGAAGAAGGCAGUACAAUUCGUUAUUUGGCUGUAACUCUUCAAGAUAUUGGCUUUUAUCAAAUCAAAAAAAUUGUUGAUUCAAAAAAACUGAAUUUAAAGAUCCAUCAGUCACACUUGGUUGUACCCUACUGUCCAAUUGCAUCUAUUACUGGAACUGGAAGCAAUGAUAGAUGUAUUGGCGAUUCAGAUAAUGUUUCUUUUGAAAUUCAAGGUGUGCCCCCAAUGAAAUUAGCAUACUCUAAGAUCGUUAAUGGUCAAACUUUUUCAUAUGUAGACUCCAGCUUGCAACCAGAAUAUUUUGAGUCUCCUUUGCAGUCAAGCAAAUCCAAACAAAGUUUUACUCAAGGAGAACUAAACGAUUUGAAAUGGGGAAGAAACCAACCUGUUAAUAUUAAUUUAGACUCUUCCAUUACCCAGGACGGCAAAUUUGCAUAUAAAAUUGAUAAAAUAACUGAUGGUCUGGGAAAUGUCGUGGAUUUUACAUCUCUCCCUGAAGAAUUAAAAAAGCGCUAUGAUCUAUCUUAUAAUUUCAAUGUUCAUGAGGUUCCACGUGCAGCGCUAGAAGAAAGAUUUGAUCCAAAGUCACCCACAAAAAGGUCUAUUGCCAUCGUGUUUGAAGAAAUCAAAAACUGGAUUUCAGACAUUCCAUAUGUUAUUAGCCUAUCCUAUACUGAUGCACAAGACAAGUCGAAAAAGAUAAUGAAUGUUACUACAGAUUCUUUGACCAAAGUGUUGCAAGCGGAUCUUCCGGGGUCAUAUAACUUAGAAUAUAUUGAAUCUAAGUUUUGUCCAGGUGAAAUUGUGGGUAAAUCAAACGUUCUUGUAACUAUGCCAGUUGCACCUACUAUGGAAGUUAAAUCAUUUCCAAUAUUGGACCAGUGUGUGGGACAGGUUGGUCUAAACUUUGAACUAUCUUUUACUGGGGCUCCACCAUACUAUUAUAACACUAAAAUCUAUAAGCUUGAAAACGGUGAAAGAAAGUUAUAUGAUGCAAAGAGAUACACCUCUGAAGGUACGAGAAAUCGCUUCAGCUAUAGUCCACCUAAAGAAGGUAACUAUGAAAUCGUGUUUGAUACUGUUUCUAAUAAAUUAUUCACUGAACCAAUCAAAUUGGAACCUGUAAAAGAAUAUACUUUCAAGACAUCAAUGAGGGUGAAACCAAGCGCAUCACUAAAAUUACACCAUGAUUUGAAACUCUGUUUGGGUGACCACAGCAGUGUCCCAGUAGCACUAAAAGGCCAAGGCCCUUUUACGUUAACAUAUGAUAUCAUUGAAACUUUUUCUAGCAAGAGGAAAACUUUUGAAAUUAAAGAAAUAAAAACCAACGAAUAUGUCAUUAAAACACCAGUCUUUACUACUGGUGGUGAUUAUAUUCUAUCUUUGGUUUCUAUCAAGGAUUCUACCGGCUGUGUAGUUGGACUCAGCCAACCAGAUGCUAAAAUACAGGUGAGGAGAGAUAUUCCAUCUGCUGCAUUCAAUUUUUUUGAACCUAUCAAAGAAGCUAAAAUUAAGCACGGUUCUGUCACUGAAAUUCCGCUCAAAUUAAGUGGAGAGGGGCCAUUCACCGUUAAGUUUAAACACAUGGAUUACGAUGGAAACAUUGUGAAAGAAUUUGAAAACAAAUUUCAGAAUAGUUAUAAGCCCGCUUUGAAAGUAAGUAAAGAAGGGCUUUACCAAUUGGUCGAUAUUCGUGACUCAAGUUGCCAAGGUAAUGUGAUUUACCGGAACAGUCUGUAUAAGGUAUCUUUCUUGGAGAAGCCAAAAUUUGCAAUUCAAGACAAUCAUCACAUUACAAAAGUAACGGAAAAUUUAUUCUCUAAAGAAGAAGUCUGUCAAGGGAUGGAAGGUACGGUUGAUUUGGCUCUAUUUGGUUCUCCACCAUUCAUAUUAGAAUAUGAUUUGAUGGCACCCAACGGUCAUAUUUCUACAAAAAAAAUUCAGGUGGCAACCAAAUACGCUUCACUGAAACUGCCUAAUCAAAUUCCUGGAGAGUACAUAACUACUAUUAAGGCCAUCUUCGAUGGCAAUUAUGGUGAAAGCGACAUACAUUUUAGAGAACAUCAGUCGGAGCUCAUAAUCAAACAGACAGUGCACCCCAUUCCAGACGUCGCCUUUGCUGAUGGUGGUAAAACCUUGCGUGCAUGUGCUGCUAAUGUAGAUCAAAUCUCAUUUUUGGAACCAAUAAAUUUGAAAUUUUUACAAGGCGAAAGCCCAUUUUCAAUCACCUUUAGCGUUUAUCACGAGAGUACCAGUAGGACAGAUCAGUAUACCAUUGACAACAUUGACUCAGAGAACUUUUCAUUUGAAAAGUUAUAUGAAGGGAUGAAGUUAGGUAACCAUGCCAUUACUAUUGAUUCUGUUGUUGACGCAAAUGGUUGUGUUAACAGCCUCAUAUCUGGACCGCGUAAUCAAAUUCUUGUGUCAAUUACUGAUGCACCAAAGAUACAUAUAUUAGAUCCUUCUACCGAGUAUUGUGUUGGGGACUAUGUUGCAUAUCAAUUAAACGGUGUGGCACCUUUCAUGAUUAAGUAUGAAUUCAACGGUAUUCCACUAAAAUCUAAGGAACGCAGCUCCCAAUUUGUUAGAUUAGCAUCUGAACCGGGCAUUAUAUCUAUCACUUCUUUACAGGAUUCAUCAUCACAAUGCAUUGUCGACUUUACGAACCCUAAAUUAAAGAGUGAAUUUGAUGACUUAUCUUUAAACAUACAUCCUAUUCCUUCCGUAACUGUUUCUCAAGGAAAUUACGUUACUGAGGAUAUCCGCGAAGGUGACCAGGCUGAAGUAAUCUUUUCGUUUGAAGGUACCCCACCAUUCUCACUAACUUAUGUAAGGACAGAAGAGACUGAUGGAAAACACGGCAAAAGGAGGUCGCAGGUUGUUGAGACGCAUAAAGUCACUGAUAUAUAUUCUCAUGAAUACAAGGUAAUUACAAGCUUGCAAGGUACCUACGAGGCGAUUGAAAUUACAGAUGCUUAUUGUUUUGCCAAAAAUGAUCUUUUUUUCAAUAACUAA